AUGCCGAAUCAGCCCCCGCACUCCGAUCUCAUACAGCCCUACAUCGAUCUGUGGGAGAGCGUGCCGAUCGGACGCUAUCGAGACAACGACGACCAAGAUAAAGACCAGGUCCAAGACCGAGACCGAGACCGAGACGAAAACCGAGACCGUCCGCCGACUCCGCCGCCGAAGCCGAAGGAAUUCCAGAAGCUCGCUAUGCCGACACUCCGCAGGAAGGGCCCUCGGCUACAUCGCACCGAAACGUUUGGACACCAAACACCGAGGGGAGGUGGGAAGGCGGAGGGCAUGGUGCAGGUCACGGGUUGGAAGACAACGGGGCUAUGUGUCGAGCCGGAAAGUGCACAUCCCGCCGAAGCCAACGCCCAGUCGGACAGUUCGCAGCCCGCAACACCACAAAGCGUCACUCACGCGUCGAUAUUCGCCGCGAACAAUACCUACGCGUCGGUAUUCGGCGCGGAUCCCGACGCUUCGGUGCUUGAGCUGGCGAAGCCAGAGAGGAGGGAGGAUGCAACGCCGUCGGAAAAGCUGCCGUUCACACCGGACGAGCUGUGGAAUUUCCACCGGCCCCGGACGCCGCUGCCAGCGAUGCCGACCACCGUCUCGUGGGGCCCGCGGCGCAAGUCGACCGUCCACAAAGUGGACCCAGUUUUGGCCGCGGACUUCGACUUCUACGGAUACCCGCCGUUCGAGCACGCCCCGACAUCCCCACGCACGAACGAGUCCGAGGAGUCCGUAUCCCCGACCUCGACCACAUUCUCGGGCUCUUCGGGAGCCUACAACUCGCCGGCCUCAUCCGUGGCCCCGAGCCCGUGCAUCCCCAGCGCCGGCGCCCCGGUCAGCAUCAAGGCGGCCAAGAUGCUCGGGAUCGACCCGUCCUCGCGCAUAAUCGCGAACCGCGUAUCAGCGCCCUCGUCCGGCUUCAUCGCCGAGCUCCCGGACCGCUACAACUCGCACCGCACGCGGUCCGCGUCCGCGCCCCACUUCCCGCCCGUCUCGCUGCAGAAGUACAACACGGUGACGCGGACGCCGUCGGCGCCCACGGCGACCAAGCCGCCGCAGCAGCAGCCGCUGCUCGCAGCCUCGCGCACCGCGAUCCCCUACGACGCAACCAAAGACGCAAAGGCGAUUUGGGACGCGCUGUACAGCGACCGCAAGAUCGACGAGGACGCGCUGUCGUCGACACUAGUGUCGCUCACCCGCGGAUCGCGCGCGAAGCUCCCGCGUUGCAAGAAGGCGUACCAGCAGCUGUUCGGGGAAGCGAUGUCGGUGGACGUGCGCGCAGAGACGACACUGCACUACCGCACAACUUUGACGCGGCUGAUCGCGGGCCCGCACGAGGCGGAGGCGCAGGCCCUCAAGCAGAACGAGAGCACGUUCUUCAUGGACGACAAGAUGGUCGCCGAAGCCCUGUUUGGAAAAACCCCGGAGGAAAUUCGCGGCAUCAAAUACCAUUUCGAAGCGCUUCAUGGAAUCCCCCUACAGAAGGCCCUGCAGGACCUCUACCUCUCCAACACCGAGCCAUCCGGCAGCGUCUUCGACACCGCGGGGCCGUCGUCGUCGUUUGGCAGGGCGUGUAUCCGGGCGCUGCGCGCGGAUAGACAGGUCGAGACGCUGGAGUCGCUGGCGGGGCUGAGCGAGGAGCGGAUGAUGAAGCGCGAGCAGAGGUUGACCUCGGACGUUGAGAAUCUCUACAGGGCGGACCCACAGCGCCGCGGAUCGAACAAGUACCUCAACCAAGACUUGCUGCUGGAGCUGGUCAUGCGCAGGAGCGAUCUGUAUCUGGGCGAGCUGUGCAGGAUGUUUCAGGAACGACAUGGGAUCCAGCUCGCGGAGCUGGCGCUGGCAAAGGAUAGGACCAGAAUGAACUCGGCGUCGUACUACCCCGUCAGCCUGGGCUACGCAGUAGCGCACGUGCUCAAAGGCGCGAUGAACAAGCCGCAGAGGGACGCGAAGCUUUUGGCGGACGCGAUGAAAGGGCUGUGCACGAACGACGCACGGCUGAUCGCACGAUUAAUCCGCAUACACUACGAUCCCGACCCACGACACAUGCUGUUCGUAAAGGAGAUCUAUCAGCAGCGGUACGGAAAGAGGCUUUCCGAAAAGGUGUGGAAACACUCGAAGGGCACGUAUAGAGUUCUGCUACUGAAGAUUGUCGAGGGCAGGAGCGAUCUGUUGAAUGAUGAUCUGUUUUGA